AUGCCACAUAGAUAUUCUCGAGAUGAGAAAUCCUCAUCUUCUUCUUCUCAUUAUGACAAAGCAAAAAUGGCUAUUCGUCAAGCAUAUAAUAAACCAUCAAAUAAUACGAAUGAUAUAAAAAAUAACUAUAAUUUUAAUCUCUAUGAAAAUGAUCGACAAGAUCGUAUCAAUGAAAUUGCUGAUGAUGAAGAUGGAGAUUUAGUUGUUGAACGACAAUCACAAUCAAUUAAUUCAGAAAAGACAACAAAAAUAAUAGAAGCUAAUGAUCGACGACAUGAUGCUGUUAUAUUCGGUGAUAAAACAAUAGAAGAACAACAAAAAAAUCAAUCAUGGGAUAGUUUUAAACAAUCAUCAAAAUACUCGACAACAUCUUUAGCUGGUCCUCUACUACUUGAAGACCCGGAAAAUAAACGAAUACGAUGGAAAAAUAAAAUGCGUGAUUUAUGGAUUCAACGAUAUAGCAUGUCAUCAUUGGAAUAUUAUUGUGUACCAGGCGAUCGUCUAUGUCCAUGUGAUCGCGCUAUAGCUGGUCCUGGAACAUAUGAAAAACAAAAUUGUAUUUAUGCAAGUAUUGCAGGAACUAUUCAACUUACAGCUGUCGAUCAACCAUCGGCUAAUUCAGAUAAAAAACCUACUAUAUCUGUAGUACGUCAAGAUCGUUCUUUAGCUGUUCCUUCUGUUGGUUCAUUAGCAUAUUGUAAAGUGACGAAUGUUACAUCUCGUUUCGUACGUUGUCUCAUUUUUGCUAUUAAUAAUCAACCAUUAAAAACACCAUGUCAUGGACGAAUUACACGAGAAAAUAUUGAAAGUAUAAAUAAAGAUUCUGUUGUAUGUAGUACAAAAUUUCGACCAGAUGAUAUUGUACUUGCACGAAUUAUAUCACUUGGUGAUGCUAAUGCAUAUUUAUUAAGUACAGCAGAAGAAAAUCUUGGUGUAAUUGCAGCUCGUUCAAUUGCUGGUGAAAAACUGGUACCUUUUUCUGAUUGUCAAAUGACAUGUCCAAUGACAAAUACUGCUGAACCACGCAAAGUCGCCAAAAUUCAAGGUGAUUUAACAGAUGAAAUUUCAAAACUUACCUAA